UCAUACCAACGUGCGUAUCUGUUCGUGUGUCGGUUCUCUCUGUCGAGAAAAAAAAAAAAAAAGCACCGUGCGGUUCACAGCGAUGUCAGUCCAGGCUGUGGCAGCGAAAAUGGCUGAGGUCGAAUUAAAAGACGUGGCCGGUAAAGACGCUUCCCCCGCCAUAUCUCCGCUGACACCGAAGGCAGAGGAGAAGAAGAGUGAAAAUAACUCGAGUUCGUCGACAGCAGCGGCGUUGGAGCCGAGUCCGGUGACCACCGCUCCGAACCCCGUGAAGAUGCCGCAGGCGUCCGCGAUGAAGCGGUCGGAUCCGCAGCAGAACGGCGGCGAGGCGUUUAUCAACUGCGACGGCACCGUGGCCGAGGCACCGCGAAUGAAAAAGAUCCAGUUUGCAGACCAGAAGCUGGAGUUCAACAAACGUCCCACCAAGAUCGGCCGCAGGUCUUUGUCUCGCUCCAUCUCACAGUCUUCUACAGACAGUUACAGCUCAGCUGCCUCAUACACUGACAGCUCCGAUGAUGAAACCUCUCCCCGUGACAAACAGCAGAAGAACUCGAAGGGCAAUGCAGACUUCUGCAUCAAGAACAUCAAGCAGGCCGACUUCGGACGCAGGGAGAUUGAGAUUGCCGAGCAAGAGAUGCCUGCUCUCAUGGCUUUGAGGAAGAGAGCCCAGGGAGAGAAGCCAUUGGCUGGAGCCAAAAUUGUGGGUUGCACCCACAUCACUGCUCAGACUGCUGUGUUGAUGGAGACCCUCUCUGCUCUGGGCGCUCAGUGCAGGUGGGCCGCCUGUAAUAUCUACUCCACUCAAAACGAGGUAGCAGCCGCUCUGGCCGAAGGAGGUUUCUCAGUGUUUGCCUGGAAGGGCGAAUCGGAGGAUGAUUUCUGGUGGUGUAUCGAUCGCUGUGUUAACGUGGAAGGCUGGCAGCCCAACAUGAUUUUAGAUGAUGGAGGAGAUUUGACUCACUGGAUCUAUAAGAAAUAUCCCAACAUGUUCAAAAAGAUUAAAGGCAUCGUAGAGGAGAGCGUGACUGGAGUUCACAGGCUUUACCAGCUGUCAAAGGCUGGUAAGCUGUGUGUUCCCGCGAUGAAUGUUAACGAUUCAGUAACCAAGCAGAAGUUUGACAACCUCUACUGCUGCCGGGAGUCCAUCUUGGAUGGUCUAAAGAGGACCACAGAUGUGAUGUUUGGAGGGAAGCAGGUGGUGGUGUGUGGAUAUGGAGAGGUUGGAAAAGGCUGCAGUGCUGCUCUCAAAGCGAUGGGCUCCAUCGUCUACGUCACUGAGAUCGACCCCAUCUGUGCCCUACAGGCCUGCAUGGAUGGCUUCAGGCUGGUAAAACUGAACGAAGUCAUCCGACAAGUCGACAUCGUCAUCACCUGCACAGGCAAUAAAAACGUGGUAGUACGAGAGUACAUGGAUCGCAUGAAGAAUGGCUGUAUUGUCUGCAACAUGGGCCACUCCAACACUGAGAUCGAUGUGGCCAGUCUGCGAACCCCUGAACUGACCUGGGAGCGGGUGAGGUCACAGGUGGAUCAUGUGAUCUGGCCGGAUGGAAAGAGAAUAGUGCUGCUGGCAGAGGGUCGCCUCCUAAACCUGAGCUGCUCCACUGUUCCUACCUUUGUGCUGUCCAUCACCGCUACUACCCAGGCACUGGCUCUGAUAGAGCUGUACAAUGCUCCUGAAGGCCGCUACAAACAGGAUGUCUACCUGCUGCCUAAAAAAAUGGAUGAGUACGUGGCCAGCCUUCAUCUCCCUACUUUUGAUGCACAUUUGACUGAACUGUCUGAUGAACAGGCCAAAUACCUCGGCCUGAACAAGAACGGACCCUUUAAGCCAAACUACUACAGGUACUAGACCCAUUCCCUGGUGGGAAACGAAGACUUAAGAAAUUACCAAGACUCCAUAAUUUCAUACAGACUAAGAGCUGUGUGUCACAGCCUGCAUUUGGAGGGGAGGGAGAAGCCCUGAUCUGAUUGGUUGGGUGUGAAGGGCGUGGCUAAUUAUCGCUACGGCAGUGUUUAUUUAUUUUAUGCUAGAAUAACAUAGCUAACCUUUUAUGAGCUGCUACUGCCAGUGGCGAACCUAGCAACGUUUCCAUGGAAAUUUCGCCAUUUCAUCUUUUCUUAGCUUCAUAUGUUAGUUUUACGUAAUCCAUUUAGAGAUCUUUUAUUGUUUAAUUAAAGUUCCGGUAAAGAUGAAAAAAAACAAUGUUCAAUCAUACCUGAUGAUUUAGUAAUGGACAUGCCACAUUGUCCUGUUCUCGUUUUCUACAUGUGAUUUUUAUUUUCCUUUAUAUAAUAUAGGGGGUGGGGCAAAAUUACGGUCAGGCGCAGGGUUUCAAAUCAUUCUUUUUAGUUGAUCACACUAUUCUGUUGUUUAUUUUUUAAAACUUGUAUUAAUUUUUACAGCAAAUUUAAAUUUUUUUGCGCUCUCGGUCCUAAAUAAAAGCUGUUAAAAUUUCACUGGAUUGUGAAGAUUUGGGGGCGGGGCUUAUCCCCUCCAUUCAGUCAUACUGGAAUCUUAUUGGCUGAGGCAUUAGCUUUUCAAAUUUCCCUUUCAGACGCAACAUCCUCCCAAAACACUGUUUCCAACAACUCCAGUAUUGAUGUUUGAGAUCGAAAUGCUCAAUCUAUCCACAUUAUUGCUGAAACUCGUCAGGCUGUGUAAUCAAAGGGGGUAUAUAAAGAUAUUUAUACUAUUAUUAUUUUUUUUUUCCUUCUUCUGCCAUCAACUUUUGUUCCAAUGAACUCAUCCUCCUCUGUCAUUAUAAAAAUAAGCAAUUUAAUGUUAUAAGAUAUUCUAGUGUAAUAUGAAAUUUAAUGAAACCCUUGUUUUAUAUACUGUGAAGUAGAGCCUAUUUCAAUGAGAUACCAAAUGUACAGUUAAUCCGGUACCGAGUUCCUAUCCAGGUCCUCUGCAGAUUUAUUCUGGAACACAAUGGGAGAGAAAUGUGUGUAAACUGAAGCCAAGACCAACUGUGUACUCAUUUCAGAGGAUAGAAGGUAGUUUUGCUGUUUGCAGGCCUGUAGAGCAAAAGCUGCCUUUGUGACUGGGAUAUUCAAAUAAAAUAAAAUUGGGACCUUUA